AUGGAAGAAAUGAGGAGAGGCAAUCUCAAUAUUCGAGGAGCCACCACGAGACCGCCCUUGGCAGUUAAUAUCCUAGAGUCGGAAAAGAGGGAAGAAUUGGCGUUGCCACCGCCUGUUCCUGGGAUGGAUCGUGGAACAACAUGGCUUGAAAUCCACUUGAAUGAAGGAAAGAACCGCCAAGUGCGAAGGAUCACCGGAUGCACAGGCCACAACACAGUUCGGUUGUGUCGAGUAGCAAUAGGAUCAUUCAGACUGCAAGACCAUGCAGAACUACUUGAACCUGGAGCAUGGAAAUACAUUCGCCGAGAGGAUGUCCAAAGCGUCGGGGUAUGA